AUGAGUUCAUCUGAAUCCACUUUUCAGAAAGAGGCAUCACAUCCAAAGCUGUCGGAUAGUGUUAUGAAAAUGUUCGACAUGACUGGUAAAGUCGUCAUUGUCACUGGUGGCUCGGGGGGGAUUGGAUACGAAGCAGCUCGAGCACUUGCAGAAGCCGGCGCCAAUGUUGCUCUUUGGUACAGUCGCGCUACAAAUACCGACGAUCUUGCGGCCACGAUUGAGGCAGAUUUUGGUGUCAAAGCCAAGGCUUACAAAUGCUCUGUCGAGAAUAUCGAAGAAGUUCAAGAACAAACUGCCGCUGUUGUGCAUGACUUUGGCCGACUUGAUGUGAUGAUUGCAAAUGCAGGCAUCUCUCGCCCAGCAGGUCUUUCAGGUGGUAUAGACGACCCCAUUGAGAACUGGGAAAAGGUGCUUGCUGUAAAUUUAGACGGAGCUUACUACUGUGCUAAGUUUGCAGGAGAAAUUUUCCGAAGGCAAGGAUCCGGCAGCCUCAUCUUCACAGCAUCUAUGUCUGGGCAUAUAGCAAACGUUCCACAGCGUCAGGCCUGUUAUAAUGCGUCUAAAGCUGCUGUGAUCCAUCUUGCCAAAUGCCUGGCAGUGGAAUGGGCAGACUUUGCACGUGUUAAUGCAAUUUCACCGGGCUAUAUCAAGACUCCGAUAUCUGCUGGUGUCCCAAGAGAGUGGAAAGAUGAAUGGUUAAACCUCACGCCAAUGAGACGCGAGGGAGAUGCGAAAGAGCUGAAGGGUAUAUUCCUUUACCUUGCAAGUGAUGCUAGCACUUUUACCACUGGAGCAGAUAUUGUGGUAGAUGGAGGAUAUUGCUGUCGGUAA